UGGCUUCGGUGACCUUAGUCGCGCACUGCCUGCCGUGAUGCGGCGCUACGCUGGCUGGGGCCCAUGCGCCCUGCGCUGCCAUGGUGGCUCGGAGUGGCUCCAGCGCUCGUGCCAGCAGCCUGGGCAACGUGGGCCGUGAAUAUGUUCCAAAGCAGCCGAGACUGAGCCUCUUCAUCCCGUGCAAGCGGGGCUUGCUGAACCCUCCCCGGACCACACCAAAGGAGGGCCGUCCCUUGCUGAACCGUUUCUUUUCGCUAGGACCUCGGAGGCCAUGGACAACAUUCUGCAGGUCAUGGAGGUGGCAUGGCGGCAGGUCAAUGCUGCGCGGGGUAGCACGGUGAAGUUGGCCAAUCCUGAGCACAAUCUUCUGGUGAGCUUUGAGUCUGCUCGGGACUUCAUGCUGGGUAUGCUCUCCGAGCCGGCAGGUCCCAAGUCAGUUGUGGGGCCUCUCUCUUGGAGCUUAGGCGACUUCAGCCGGAUUGCCCGUGUCAGAGCAAUUCUGGAUGCUGCAAAGCUCUCUACCCGAAAUAUGGGCGAUGACGUAAGCUCUUGCAUGAACGCCGUCAAAUCGGUCGAGGGCGUCCUCAAGAAGGACUUUGGUGCAAGCAGUCGGCUGAAGAGCAUCGGUGUUCCGAAUCGACGGAGCUAUUGCCAGCUGAUUCUCCGUGCCUUGUGGGCAAGGCGCAGAGCAAAGAGCUGAAACGUAUGCAGCAGAAGCAAAGCAGGCCGAAGUUCGAACGCACGGGUCCAGCUAUGCCCAGCAACUUCUUUGCCCAGGAACUCCAUGUUUGACUUCGGGGUCUCCGCAGGUGAAGUUGGCUCAGCAGGCGAAGUUGUCUGGCCCGGGCCAAGGAAAAAACAAGUCAUUUGACCGUGGCUUCGGGUUCUCCAGAGUUGGCACGCAGAACCCCGCCGAAAUUCAGGCGGGGAGCUUUUGAACUCAGAGCUUGUACUGUUGCGCAGUGAAGCUGUGCAUGUUCUCC